UUGACUAAUACAUGCCGUGCACGUAAAAGCAAACGUUCAGUGACGGGGGUUGACUUGACAGUUUCCACUGUUACAUAAUUUUCUUCAAGCUGGCGUCUUGAGCGUUGUCUCGCUUCUCUAUUGUUGCUUCUUUUAAAAGCCGUUCAAGUCGGAAUGGCUGAGCCGAGCGCCAGAUAUCAGCAGCUUCCCAAUGUGGAUGAUGCUGAUGGGACUUCACAGGUAGCUGCUGACGCCCCACCUCCAUAUAGCAGCAUCACAGAGGACAAUGCUGCCUACUUUGACUACAAGGAAGACGGGAAUUUCCCCAAGCCGCCGUCCUACAACGUGGCGACCACACUACCUUCCUACGAUGAAGCGGAGCGGACCAAAGCUGAGACUACCGUUCCCUUGGUAACCGCAAGACCUCAGCACAGGGAGCGUCUGGAGACGUUUGACGAUGUAAUUCGCAGUUCACUGGAGGAUGAAGACUUUGUGGCCAGGGACGAUUUUGAAGAUGCUGAUCAGCUGAGGAUAGGCAACGACGGCAUCUUCAUGCUCACUUUCUUCAUGGCAUUCCUGUUCAACUGGAUCGGUUUCUUCUUGUCCUUCUGUUUGACAACCUCCGCGGCUGGCCGCUAUGGGGCUGUUUCUGGCUUUGGUCUGUCCCUGAUCAAAUGGGUCCUCAUUGUCAGGUUCUCCACAUACUUUCCUGGUUACUUUGAUGGUCAGUACUGGCUUUGGUGGGUGUUCCUAGUGUUGGGCUUCUUGCUCUUCCUCCGAGGCUUCAUCAACUACACCAGAAUCCGCAAGCUGGCCGACACCUUCUCCACGAUGCCCCGCACCCGAGUCCUUUUCAUCUACUGAGCUUAAAAUCCUACCGUUUCAACACCCCCCCCCCACCCCACCCCACCCCACCCCACCCCCAGAAAUGUAACAUUCAUUCCUCUGCUUGACACGACGAGGACGCUUCUUCUUUUGUCCUCUUUUUGGUGUAAAAUCUACAAAACAAUCCUUGUUAUUGUUGACUUGUAAAAGUGCUGAUUGCUGAUUUCUGAAGUGAUGUAUUCUGCCUUAUUUACUGUCAUUGCAUACGCUUGGCAUGCACUGCCCAGUGCCACCAGAGGGCAGUGUUGUUUGUAAAAUAUACGGCCAGAUCAUUUGUACAUAGAGACGUGUGCGCGGGUGAGCUCACACAAUAUAAAAAUCAUGAGCUAUUGCUUUUAACCUCUUUAAUUAGCCUCGUUAUGAUUGAUCAGUCAGUUUGUAUGAGUUGCUGUUAUUUUAGCAAUCAGUGAAAAUAUUGAAACGGAGCAACUCGGCAUGCUCUUUUGUGUAGAACACAAAACCGCUUUGGGAAUUAAAAGUGGGAAAUGAUGCUUAUUUUUGGUGUUAACGAGUGUUUUUUUUUUUCUUUUUUUGUGUAAUGUCACAGCUGAUGGAGGUGAAGAUAACCACAGAACCAGAAAUGGAAGUUAGCGUGAGAGUAAAAGCGUCAGAUGUCAUCUUUUGGUGAAUAAUUCUUAAUUUUUUUUACUUUUAUUUAGUUAUAUUAUUCAGUGUUAGUUAUAUGAUGUAAAAAAUGGCAUUGGUUGAAAAUUAAAUUCCUACAGCGUAAUACACAACAUCUUUGAUUGUUUAACUGGUAUGAGUUUAUACAGCUGUUUUGUCAUUGGCCUAUAAGGAGAGCUGUGCUUGAGUCUCAUCAUUUCUGCCUAGCAACAAAUCCUUGCACAAAUGUGUGACAUUACCAGAAGCAAUUUUAUUGAUUUAUGGUAAGUAUGAAAAUGAGGCAAAUUUAAGUUUUAUUGAAUAAAUGUCAUUACUGAUGAAUAUAAGUGGUAAUAUAGAUUUAUCCGACAUAAAUUGUGUGUAAAAUGAGGAGAGGACGUUAGCUGCAUCCAAAUGAUAUGUGCUUCCUGUGUGUGGUGAUGGGGGAGGGACUUAUCAUUGAUGCGUGAGUCAUCCUGACCCCUCCCCUCCAUUGCACGUCAUGUGUUUUAGGUGUCUCAUUUAAAUGAUGCUACGCCUGUGUGUGUGUGUGUGUGUGUAUAAAGCGGUGGUGAGUCAUGCACGGUGCGGCCUGUUAGCGCGGCUCAGACACAGCAGGUGCGCCACCAUGCACCUUCCCAUGUGCUCUCCCUCCCUCCCUCCUCUUCCUCCUCUUCUUCGACUUGUCGUUGACUCACGACUGACUCCCCCACCAUCAUCAAUGACAUCACCAAACCUCCCCCCGCCCCGUCCGCUGCACCCCCCCCAUCCAACACUUUGUUGUGGUGAUUCAUACGGUACGUCCCCCGUAUCCCCCCUCCCAUCCCCUCCCCCCAGGGUGAACUUGAAUGCGGUUCAUUCACAAAAACCAACAAUAAAGCUGCAAUGUGCUUUUAACAUCAUUGCGUUACAUUGUAUACAUCUAAUGAUCCUUUUGACCGCCAUUGGGUACCCUCACUGGACACUUCAUUAGGUACAAGUACACAGUAUAACCCAAUACAAUCUGCCUUUAUUUCUAUUUUGUUUCAUAUAUAUAUAUUCAUUCAUUUUCUACCGCUUUUCCUCAUGAGGUUCACGGGGGUGCUGGAGCCUAUCCCAGCUGUCUUCGGGCGAGAGACGGGAUACACCCUGGACUGGUGGCCAGCCAAUAGACAAACAACCAUUUCAUAUAUAUACACAUAUAUUUUUUUAUUGAUCUGGACUUAGGAGGUUCGAAUCGCCACUAGUAAGCAUUAUCAAUAUUCAUCAGGAAGGGCAUCCAGAAUAAAUAAAGGGCUCAAGCCAAAAAUCAAAGACCUAAAAGACACGCUGUGGCAACCCGGUACUCAGGGAAAAACCCGAAAGAAAAAACAAACAAAGUCGAAAAUAUUAAUUGUUACCUCAAGAAUCAAAAUUACAGAAAAAAGGAUGAGUGGUUAGCACGCAGGCCACACAGCUAGGAG